GGCGGGAUUCUUGGUGAGGUUCUCGAGAAUACUGCGGUGCCCAGACGCAGGCCCGAUUACUCGUGGUUCAGGUCUAUCAAAUUCAUUUCAGACUUCCUACUUAUACAUCAAGCUGUAUCCCACUUUACACAUGGAAAUUUAGUCCGCAUUUCUCUCUGCAACAUUCUCAGCUUGCCUCACGAUGCACGCACAACGUCAAGGUCGUGCGCCAUGGCACUGGUACGCCAAAGACGACAGCCCAGAGGAGAGAAGGCUUAUUCAAAAGCUUGAUCUGCUCAUCGUGCCGUAUGCCGUUGUUGCUUAUUGGAUCAAAUACAUCGAUCAAUCCAACCUGAACAAUGCCUACGUUUCCGGAAUGCAAGAAGAUCUCGGCUUCCACAAAAAUCAACUCGUCAACCUGCAAUCCAUGUAUGUCGCAGGAGCAGUUAUCGGCCAGCUUCCCUUCACCUUUCUCUUUCCGAUGUUUCCCAUGAACUGGACGAUCCCUGCCCUGGAACUCGGAUGGGGAAUUUUCACGUUGUUGCAAUAUCGUACCCAAGGAUUCGGAGAGUUGAUGGCUUAUCGUUUCUUUGUUGGUAUCUUCGAGGCUGCAUUCUUCCCUGGUGUUCACUACGUCCUCGGGGCCUGGUACCGAGGCGAUGAGUUGGGCCGUCGAGGCGGUGUAUUCUACGUCGGGCAAAUGCUGGGAACGCUCACAGCUGGCAUGAUCCAGAGUGGUGCGACUAAGAAUCUCGAAGGAGUCCGCGGUCUCGCAGGAUGGAGAUGGAUGUUUAUCAUUUCCGCAUUAAUGACCUUUCCCGUCGCCAUAGCCGGCGUUUUCAUCUGGCCCGGUACCCCCGCUAAACCCAAUAAACUGUUCCUCUCCGAGCGAGAACUCUCCCUUGCGAUAUCCCGCCUUCAAAAAACCAAAGCCGACGUUGACGAGCGUAUCAAGAAAACUCGACUCCAACUGCUCAAAGAGAUCUUCACAGACUGGAAAGUUUACGUACUGACCUUCUGGGCUGUAUUAUUCUGGAACUCGGGCUCAACUUCCUAUGGUGGAUAUCUCCUGUGGUUGAAAUCACUAAAACGAUUUUCAACGCCAAAGGUCACUCAGCUUGGGACAACUGCUCCUGCGCUGGGAAUCUUCUUCGUGCUGUUUGUCAAUUUCUCGUCGGAUUUGAUUUGGGGACCAAGUGGUGCUAUCACAUUCGCGCACACUUGGCAUUUCACCGCCAUGGUUAUCCUUGCCGUUUGGGAUGUUCCUGAAGCGGCCAAAUGGUUCGCUUUCAACAGCACAUAUACCCAAGUGGCCAUGUCUUCCGUCCUGUAUGGAUGGGCAAAUGACAUUCUUCGCCAUGAUAGCACACAACGCAGUGUUAUAAUCGUUUUCAUGAAUCUAUUUGCUCAGAGCACAACGGCGUGGACUGGGAUUCUGGUGUUUCCUACUGUGGAGGCUCCGAGGUUCUUGAAGGGUUUUGCUUUCUGUGCGACGAAUAGUUUUGUGCUGAUUGCGUUUACCUGGUUGGUUAUCCGACCAUUGUCGAGGAGGGAGGAGAGGAAAUUCUUGGCUGCUGGGAGUGAGGAGGAGAUUCAAAGUGAGAGGAGUGUGGAUGAGAGUGCGGAGAGUGUUUCGGUUACUCCGAAGAAGUUGUGA